AUAUAAACAAAAACACGUGUUUCCUUGUAUUUUGUGUUGGUGGUUGAAUAUUAUAUUUAAACCGAAAUAUUUAUUAUAAUUAUUGAUUGGUAAAUAUCUGUGCAAAAAAUAAAUCAUGACCGCUUCAACAAAACUUAAAGAUAUAUUCGAUGUUGCGUCCAAACAUGGAGCUUUUUACACAGGAGGAAAUAUUCAAUGGUACGAAGACACUCUUUAUUGUCAGACAGAGUCCAGUAUUAACCUGUUAAAUGUCGAAACCGGCUUAGUAGCACAAAGUAUAGGAGAUGGUAACGAAUCUGAAGAAGUUGACACUAUUCAGACAUUCACUACAGAUGGAAAUAAAUUUGUUUCUUCUCAUAGAAGUGGUCUUUUGAAGCUAUGGGAUCAAUCCGGAAAGUUAGAAAAGAUGUGGAAAUACAUUCACAAAGGCCCAGUUGCCAAACUAAAACUAAAUGGAAAUAGGCUAGCAUCAGGCGGGUCUGAUAGCAUAGUUAGGAUAUGGGAUUUACAGUUUCAGGCAUGUUUAUUAAGUCUUAAAGGUUGCCAGGGUGUUGUCAAUCUAGUUGAAUAUCAUCCAGAUGAUAAUACUUUGUUUGCAUCAGCAGAUGAUGGAAAAAUUAAUUGUUAUGAAUUGGAAAAAGGUGAAUUAAUUACGGUUCAUGAUGCUCACUUUAGCAAAGUCUCCUCAAUAACAUUUUCACACGACAAAAAGCACUUUAUGUCGUGCGGAAGAGAUAAAGUGAUUGUACUGUGGCAAUUCAAUAAAAGCGCUCCUUUGAAAACUAUCGCCGUAUAUGAAGCAAUUGAGGUAAUUGUUAGUUUACCGAUAAAAUUCAAGUUGCCAGGAUUUAAACCAGAAGUUGGAGGGAUCUAUGCUGCUUCAGCUGGAGAAAAUGGGAUAGUAAGAGUGUGGGAUGUUGAAAAGUCCAAAGAAGUUUUUGUCCAAUCGAACUCGUUGGUUUCCAAGGCCACAGAGGAAGGAGGUUUGGCUGUUACCCAUUUGAUGUACAACCAAAAAUCGAAAAGUCUGGCAGUAGUUACCGUCGAUCAUAACAUAGUGAUUCAUCAUUUGAAAUCGUUUGUCUGUACCAAACAAUUUAUAGGUUUUUCUGACGAAAUUCUCGACGUCGUUUUCUUCGGCAAAGAUGACAGUCAUAUAGCGGUGGCGACCAAUUCUGCUGACAUAAAACUGUACAAUAAUGACUCCAUGAAUUGUCAGCUUUUGAAAGGACACCAAGAUCUGGUACUUUCGUUGAAUGUCUGUCCUGCAGACAGAGAUCUUAUGGUCUCUUCUGGAAAGGAUAAUAGCGUACAAGUGUGGAAAUUGGAAAAUGCAAUAGUCAGUUGUAUCGCAGUUGGCAACAGACAUACAAGCUCAGUAGGAUCCGUUUGCUUUUUCUCAACUAAUCGAUCGCAUUUCGUUUCUGCCAGUCAAGAUACUUGUCUAAAACUAUGGGAAUUGCCUGAUAGUCAAUUACAAAAAAUACAAAAUGUUGAAAAGAUAAAUCUAAAUUGCAAACAAACAGUGAUUGCCCAUCAAAAGGAUAUUAAUUGUGUGGCUGUUAGUCCUAAUGAUAAGAUUGUUGCUAGCGCGUCACAGGACAAAACCGUCAAAUUGUGGACUGGCGAUAAUCUUGAACUUGUGGGAAUACUCAAAGGUCAUAAGAGAGGAGUUUGGAGUGUCAGGUUCUCACCAGUUGACCAGGUGGUUGUUACAUCGUCUGCCGAUUGUACCAUUAAAUUGUGGUCGGUGGCCAAUCUUAGUUGUUUGAAAACGUUGGAAGGUCACGAAUCUAGUGUUUUAAAAGCUGAAUUUAUAUCGAAGGGAAUGCAAAUUUUAAGUGCUGGCGCAGACGGCCUAAUCAAACUAUUCAAUUUGAAAAAUUCCGAAUGCCAAUACACAAUGGACCAGCACGAGGGCAGGAUUUGGGCGAUGGCCAUCAAAAGUGACGAAUCAGGCUUUCUAACCGGAGGCAGUGAUUCAUAUUUAAUCAAAUGGAAAGACGUAACGGAAGAGAAAAAGCAGCAACAACAAAAGGAAAUGGAGGAGUUGGUUUUGCAGGAGCAAAAGCUUAGCAAUUAUAUUCAGAGUAAUCAACUAUUGAAGGCGCUUAAGUUGGCUCUGAGACUGGAAAGACCUUUGCAAACUUUGAAAAUUGUUCAAGGAAUUAUUAAGAAAGGAGAUACAGGUCUGGUAGAUACAGUUAAGCUUCUUAGAAAUGACCAAAAAGAAAGCCUUUUAAAUUGUGCACUUAAUUGGAAUACAAAUAGCCGUCAUUGUCAACCAGCACAACUUGUUUUGAAUAUUUUAAUAAAUGAACUUCAGACAGGAGAAUUUAGGCCUAUAGGAUUAAGUAAAUUAACUGAGGGAAUGCUUCCAUAUACCGAGAGGCAUUUCAAAAGACUCACACAGAUGCUGCAAGACGUGCACUUUUUAUCUUAUACUGUGAAUUGUAUGCAACCUCAUGCUCGAAAUAUUGAUAUAAAUAUUGGAGAAUGAUAACAUAAAGUCUUUUAUUUUAGCAUAGAAGUAGAAAAAAUUCUCUCAUCUGUUUUAGUCAGUUUGAAACCCAAUUAAUGAUAGAAAGAUUUCAGUUUUACCCACUUUUGAAAAGGAAUUAGGCUCUUCUACUGGUCAACUUUACGUUCGCAAUAAUUUAUCAGGCAAGGAUUUGAGGAAUUGAAAUUUUCACACUGGAAAUCUAGUAGGAUUGUAUAGAACAUAAAUGAAUCAGAAAAAGUUAAUUUUUAAUUUAAAUGAAUCGUAAAUAGGUUAAGUACUUUUUUCCUUUCCAUCUAAAAUAUGAGUCCCUUGGCCUGUAAAAGGAUAUAUAGGUUAUAGAAUUGUCUCCCCUUCUCAUUUUUUUGAUUUUUUUUUAAAAUCUGUUGACUGAUGGAGAUGGGUUUGGGAAUCUUAAAGUAUAACUUCCAUACAGUUAUUAGUGAUGAAUAACUAAGCUUUUAGCAACAUUUCACACAUUUUGUGAUUAUUAUUUUAAUGUCGAUUAUUGCCAACUCUAAGACAAUUUUGUUUAUAAAACAAUAAAUAAAUCAAAAAGUUAUACAUAGAUAUAGACAUUGAUUAAACUAUUAUUGUUAUUCAGUUAGAUAAUAAAGAUUGAAAAGAUAAUUAUUAGGUAUAAUGAGUUUUGUAGGAAAAUUCCAUUUUUUAUUGGUAUUUAUCAAGAAAAUCUAAAUAAUGUUUUGUAAAUGCUAUAAUCCUGGAAGUCAACUUAUCACCAUUUGUCAACAAAGUUUUCUUAGCGGUUUUCAUCAUCUGAGAGGUCUCCUUUAUAUCUUCAAGAUUCAAUGUAUCUUCUUUCGAUGCCAUUAUUAUUGGCAAACCCAUCGAUGCCAUCAUAACUCCAUAUAUCGAGAAUUUCUUCCAUUGCUGUUUCAGAUCUUCAUAUGAAUAUAUUAAAUCUGCGUCACUUCCCAAAUCUUUUAAACUUUUCGAUAAGGAAUCGUGGUAGAUUUUCAAUAAUUCAUCAAAAUGCUGUAAUUCUUUUUCUGAUGCCACUGAAUAGAGAUGGUAGGCCAAGUCGAAUACUGGAGGUUUAAAAUUGGAUACUUGAAAGUCUAGAAACUUGACAGCUUGUGGUUAAGAUUUGUCGGAACCCUAAAAUAUAGGUAUUAAAAAUAAUUGAAAUUAAAAAGUGCUCUUAGUAAUAAUCC